AUGUCCAGGGUAGCAAAAUACAGAAGGCAAGUCAGUGAAGAUCCAGAUAUUGAUAGCUUGCUGUCUACUUUGUCUCCAGAGGAGAUGGAAGAGCUAGAAAAGGAGUUGGAUGUGGCUGAUCCGGAUGGAAAUAUCCCUGUGGGGCUCAGGCAGAGAAACCAAACUGACAAGCACUCAACUGGCUUAUACAACCGAGAAGCAAUGCUCAACUACUGUGAAAAGGAGACGAAGAAACUUAUUCAGCGGGAACUGUCAGUGGACGAAGGGACGCCAGCAGAGAGGAAGAGAGACCCCAGGAACCUGGAAGGAAAGGGCAAGGAAGCUCGUUCCCAAGACCUUGUCAGGAAACGAGACUUUGAUCUGGGAAAAGAACGUAACAAAGGAGAAUGUGCUCAGAAAACAAGUUACAAAGGAAAGGAAGAAUUAGAGAGUAAAUGCAAUGAAAAACCCAAAGGAGAAAAGGCCCCCAAGGACAAAGACAAGACCAUUGACAAAAAACUCAUAGGAAAGGACAGAAAGGAAGAAGAGAAGAGUGCAGCACCAAAGAAAGAGCUAGGAAAGGACAGAAAGGAAGAAGAGAAGAGUGCAGCACCAAAGAAAGCGCUAGGAAAGGACAGAAAGGAAGAAGAGAAGAGUGCAGCACCAAAGAAAGAGCUAGGAAGGAAUAGAAAAGGAGAAGAAAAGAGAGAAAAGGAGAGUAAAGAAGAAGAAAGGUGUUCAGCUUUAAAGAAAUACUCAAAGGUUGAUGGUAAGGAGAAAUCACUUACAGACUCCAAAGGUGUCACUGAGGAAAAGGCUCCUCUAGCACCAGAGACAGAGCCUAAACAGAUCCCAGAAAACAGCUCCUCAAAACCCGUGGAUAGCCCCCCAAGCCAGACCAAGGAAGAGGAAGAAGCAGCUUCCAGUAUCUUUGAUGAGCCCUUAGAAAGAGUGAAGAAUAAUGAUCCAGAGAUGACAGAAGUCAAUGUGAAUAACUCCGACUGCAUCACCGGUGAAAUCCUGGUGCGCUUCACAGAGGCCUUGGAAUUUAACACCAUGGUCAAAGUGUUUUCACUGGCCAAUACCCGUGCUGAUGACCAUGUCGCAUUUGCCAUCGCCAUUAUGUUGAAGUCAAACAAGACACUAACCAGCAUCAAUCUGGACUCUAACCACAUCACAGGUAAAGGGAUCCUGGCCAUCUUCCGUGCGCUGCUGCAGAACAACACCCUGACAGAGCUGCGUUUCCAUAACCAGAGACACAUCUGCGGGGGGAAGACAGAGAUGGAGAUAGCCAAGCUACUGAAGGAGAAUACCACCCUCCUGAAGCUGGGCUAUCAUUUUGAACUGGCAGGUCCCCGCAUGACAGUCACAAACCUGCUGAGUAGGAACAUGGACAAGCAGAGGCAGAAACGCCUGCAGGAACAGAAGCAGGUUCAGGAACGUAGCGAGAAGAAGGAACUGCUAGAGGUGCCAAAGGCAGGCGGCUUGCAAAAGGGGUCCCCCAAGCCUUCGCCACAGUCAUCCCCAAAAUCUUCCCCGUGGUCUUCCCCUAAAAGUUCUCCUAAGAAGGGUGGGCCUCCGGCUGCACCUCCCCCACCCCCACCUCCACUAGCCCCACCCCUGAUCAAUGAAAAUAUAAGGAAUUCUCUCUCUCCAGCCACCCAGAGGAAGAUGGUGGAGAAGGCACUUCCUGCUCAGGAGAAGAACUCAAGGGACCAGCUAUUGGCGGCCAUUCGAUCCAGCAAUGUCAAACAGCUAAAGAAGGUGGAGGUCCCAAAACUAUUGCAAUAG